UUUCAUACGUCUGCACUUUUUCCAAGCAUCAUUGCUUUGAUGAACGGUUCAGUUCAAAGAACAAAAAUCCGAUUUGAUUUCAGCAACGCGGGGCUAGUGGCUGUGCGCUGCCUAAACGGGACACACUGAACGCCGCCGGCCACGACACACGCUUCGCCUCCGACCACGAGGAUAAAUUACCGAAAAAAAUGGCAGAGCCAACGAAACAGGAAACAGAGCAAGUGUUCAAGGUCCUUAGAGUGCAGAAAGGCAACAAGGCCUGCUUUGAUUGCAAUGCGCGUAACCCAACGUGGUCCAGCGUUACCUUUGGAGUAUAUAUCUGUUUAGAUUGCUCUAGCAACCACAGAAAUAUGGGCGUCCAUAUUUCGUUCGUUCGGUCGACGAACCUCGAUUCGUGGCAACUAGCACAGCUUAGGAACAUGAAAGUAGGAGGGAAUGCGUUCGCAACGGAAUUCUUCACAAAGCAUGGCGGCGCAUCUCUCUUGAACGACGCUGAUACCAAGAAAAAGUACUCUAGUCGCGUCGCAGAGCUGUAUAAAGAGGAGCUGGCGAAACGGGUCAAGGACGAUGUUGCUAGAUUUCCGAAUGGAAUCGUCCUUGAUGGAGUCGAAAAUGUUGCUACUCCCACGCCAAAAGAGCAGACAGAGGACGAUUUUUUCGAAUCAUGGUCGAAGCCUUCAACGCCCAAACCAUCCGCGCCCGCCACACCCAGAGUUUCCACACCACCUAUCAUUGGUACGCCUUCUCCAGCACAACCAGCAUCAACGCCUAGUUCAUCUGCUCCCCGAACGAUCACGUCAUCUGCUGCCAGUCGCGCCAAUAAACUAGGCAGCUCUCGACUCAACUCUGCAUCGUCUACGUCCUCUACUUCAUCUGCUGCGAAAAAGUCUAGACUUGGACUCGGUGCUUCCAAGGCGAAACCGGUCGACUUUGCCGAAGCAGAGCGGAAGGCCCUUGAAGAGGCGGAAAGAGUCAGGCAGCUAGGUUAUGAUCGGCAGCGAGAAGAGGAGGAAGAAAAGGCCAAGAAAGAAGCUGCCGCUGCCAAAACAGCCUUGGAGAUAGGCCCCACGAAAGGGUCUGGAUCUACCACCACUGCAGUGAAAAAGCCCAACCCUGCAGCAGAAGCUCAGAAGGCUGCAGCAUUUCCAAGACUUGGUUUUGGUGCCGUGCCAGGUACAGGCGCUGCGAACCUUACCGCUGCUGCCAACUCCACACGAAUCAGUACUUCUUCGCUUGCUGAUGACUCUCCCACCACUGCUCGUGACAAGUUCGGGAAUCAAAAAGCGAUUUCUUCUGAUAUGUUUUUCGGGCGGAACGCGUAUGAUCCCGCAGCCGUCAGUGAAGCACAGACGCGGUUGCAAUCCUUCCAAGGUGCAACUUCUAUAUCGUCAAAUCAGUACUUUGGUCGUGAAGAGGAAGAGGAAAUGGGUAUGGGUCGCAGGGGUGAUGAAGGGCUGCUUGGAGAUGGUAGCCUCGCUGGCCUGGAGGUUGCCGCACGUGAUGCUCUCAACCGUGUUCUGGCAAAUCCUGACGUGCAAAACGUUGGAGAGAGCAUCCGAACAGGCGCUUUGAAGGUAUGAGCCUCGUCUCCUGAGGAUUCUAUCAUAUCUUGAUGCUUAUGUUUCCAGCUUUCCGAUUACUUAGCUCAAAUGUCUGAGAGAGGCUGAAUGGGGUGGGGUGGUUGUUGUUGCGUUUUUUGUGUUUUUCUUUUG